AUCUUUGCUGUGAGGGUUCCUUUAUCGGGUCUUAUUACUGACUGGAUAACUACACUACCAGUUGGUCCGUACAUCAACGCCAUUUACGUGCUUUCGUAUUAUUCAAUGUACAUGACAUUUUAUUCGGCAGUUUCUCUUUCAUUGGCAAGAACUGUGAUCAUAUGCUUACCGAUGAGAGCAAAUCUAUUGUACUUCUUGCUAGACAUUUUGCCCACACAAUGCACUAAUCCCUUGCAUACCAGAUUGAAUAGGCUAUAUGUAGCUUUCUUACAGGGAUAA